AGCGAAUCACAUAGACCUGUGCUGGUUGGGUUAGAAAAAGGAAGGAGGGAGGGACAGGAGGAGGUGGAGAUCCUCAACUUGUGCUCGGGUCGGAGCGGCUGCUCCAGCCUCCUGCCUGUGCUCCUGGUGAGGACGCUGCGGUGAGUGUGUGUGUAAGAACGUGGUGUGUUCCGUGCGUGUGAUCGCACAGAGUGACCGAAGAUGGAGGAGAUGGAGGUUCCAAUCAUUAACAACCUCAACGACGACAGACUGAGGCCGAGGGGCAAAGAUGCGUUCAAGGAUCAGCAAAAGGAGUCCGAGAGCUCCAUGGACUCACCCAAUCUGGAGUUCGAGUAUGGAGACACGGACCAUCUCACAGCAGAGCUGUCAGAGCUCUACAGUUACACAGAGGAGCCGGAGUUUGCACUCAACAGAGACUAUUUUGAAGAGGACUUCAGGAGCCACGCCCGAGGCAGGAGGUGGAUUGAGCUGACUGUGGAGGAGCAGAGGGCGUACGUGAUGAGGCUGCUGGACGCUCUGGAGGUGACCGACAGAGACAAGAGGCUGAAGGUGGCCCGAGCCAUCCUCUACCUGGCUCAGGGAGUGUUUGACGAGUGUGACACCGAGGUGGACGUGCUCCACUGGUCCAGACACAACGUCUUUCUGCUCUACGACAUGGGCAUUUUCACCGCCCUGCUGGAGCUGCUCAGCAUGGAGAUCGACAACAGUCAGGCCUGCAGCAGUGCUGUCAGGAAACCUGCCAUCUCUCUUGCAGACAGCACAGAGCUCAGAGUCUUACUGAGCAUCAUGUACCUGAUGGUGGAGACCAUUAGAGUUCAAACUGAGGACGACCGGCCCGAGUGGACGGCAGCCAGAGAGGCGUUCAAGGCCGAGUUAGGUUCACCUCUGUACAACGGAGAACCCUUUGCCCUGCUGCUCUUCACCAUGGUGACCAAGUUCUGCAGCAUGAACGCCCCACACUUCCCCAUGAAGAAGGUGCUGCUGCUGCUCUGGAAGACCAUACUGUUCACCUUGGGAGGGUUCGAGGAGCUGCAGGAGAUGAAGAUCCGGGGCCGCGAGCGCCACAGUCUCCCUCCGCUGCCCGAGGACAGCAUCAAGGUGGUCAGAGCCAUGAGGGCAGCCUCGCCGCCGGCCUCUGCCAUGGAGCUCAUUGAGCAGCAGCAGCAGCAGAAGAGAGGCCGCCGCAGCCGUAGGAGUGCCUUUGUUGAUAGCUUGGAAGGAGACAGUCCCUUUCCCAAGAAGCAGCCUCUGGUCAAACAGGACAGCCUGGACACCUACAAUGAGCGGGACCCCUUCAAGAACGACGACGCCCGGGACGAGGAGGAGGACCCUGAAGACACGGACAGUGGCAUUGAGGGCGAGGUGGACCCCCUGGACCGUGAUGUCAUCAUCCAGCCUCCGCCUCCCCCACCUCCUUUGAGACCCCUGGCAGAGAGGGUCAACUUCCCAAAGGGCCUCCCCUGGGCCCCUAAAGUCAGGGAGAGGGACAUCGAGCACUUCCUGGAAACCAGCAGAAACAAGUUCAUCGGAUUCACUCUGGGAAACGACACAGACACCCUGGUGGGUUUACCCAGACCCAUCCACGAGAGCGUGAAGACUCUGAAACAGCACAAAUACGUUUCUAUCGCUGAAGUCCAGAUCAAGAGGGAGGAGGAGCUGCAGCAGUGUCCACUCACUCUGGGUGAGGAGGAAGUGGAGGAGACACCCACAGAGAUGCUUUACCUGGGAAUGCUUCCCAACCUGUCCCAGUAUGUGAUUGCUCUUCUGAAGCUGCUCCUGGCUGCAGCUCCAACCUCCAAAGCCAAAACUGACUCCAUCAACAUCCUGGCCGACGUGCUGCCUGAGGAGAUGCCUAUCACUGUCCUUCAGAGCAUGAAGCUGGGAAUAGACGUGAACCGACACAAGGAGAUCAUUGUUAAGGCCAUAUCUGCUCUGCUGCUCCUGCUCCUCAAGCACUUGAAGCUCAACCAUAUCUAUCAGUUUGAGAUUGUCUCCCAGCACCUGGUGUUUGCCAACUGCAUCCCACUCAUUCUGAAGUUUUUCAACCAGAACAUCAUGUCCUACAUCAGUGCCAAGAACAGCAUCUGUGUGCUGGACUUUCCUCACUGUGUGGUGCAUGAGAUGCCUGAGCUCACCGCUGAGAGUUUGGAAGCAGGAGACAACAACCAGUUCUGCUGGAGAAACUUAUUCUCCUGCAUCAACCUGCUGAGGAUCCUCAACAAGCUGACCAAGUGGAAACACUCCAGGACCAUGAUGUUGGUGGUGUUCAAGUCUGCUCCAAUCCUGAAGAGGGCGCUGAAGGUGAAGCAGGCCAUGAUGCAGCUUUAUGUUCUCAAGCUGCUGAAGAUCCAAACCAAGUAUCUGGGUCGUCAGUGGAGGAAGAGCAACAUGAAGACCAUGUCGGCCAUCUACCAAAAAGUCCGACACAGACUCAACGAUGACUGGGCUUAUGGAAAUGACAUUGACGCACGGCCCUGGGACUUCCAGGCGGAGGAGUGCGCCCUGCGUGAGAGCAUUGAGAAGUUCAACAGCCGGCGCUAUGACAAGAACAAGAACGGAGAGUUCAUGCCCGUGGACAACUGUCUCCAGAGCGUCCUCGGCCAGCGUGUGGACCUGCCCGAGGACUUCCACUACAGCUACGAGAUGUGGCUGGAGAGGGAGGUGUUUUCUCAGCCCAUCCAGUGGGAGGGGCUCCUGCAGAAUCCAUGAUGAAGGAGAGAGAGGAGAUUGGUGAGAUGGAUAAGAGAGAGGGAGACGCCGGAGGAGGGGGGGUUGGGGGUUGGGGUGAGAGGUGAUGUAGAGGUCACGCAAACUGUGGGACUGUCAGAACGGUUUAAAGAUGUGAACGUCCUCAAGGAAAUUGAAGAAGAAGGGAAGGGAGGCAGGAGGUGCAAGGAGAGAGUGAAGUGAAGCAAGUUGCCUCACAGGCCAUGCAGUGAUGGACGGAGAAGAAAACCAAGAUGGCGUCCGAACUUGGAUCAGAUAGAAGCUACACAUGCACAAGUCGCUGCAACGUGACUACGACAAAACAGGUGAGAACGGAGUUAGCUUUCUGAGAAACACCCGACGUCGCUGUACCGGAGGCUGUUUCGGCCAGUUAUACUGCCCCCUAGGUUACACAUUUUAAAUGUGUCCCCCCUUUAUGAAACACUGGUGCUACGUUAAAAUACUGAUGUUCUGUUUUUUAAGGCGUGGGGUUAGUCACAUUUAUAAUACAUGUUUUUUUUAACGGAAAUAUGUAUAUUGUAAUAAUUUUCAGUUUAUGCCUUAUUUUAAGGACUUUAUCACAGGGCUCUUUGGGUUUUGGUUUCACUGUAUGGAUUUCAGAAUUAUUUCUUAUGCAUUUUUCUAGAAGACCGGCCUUUUAAAAGAAAACCACAGGGUCAUUUUUUAUAAUCCAAACGUUUAUGUGGAGCGACAUUCUCCGACAAAAGGCACCAAAAAUAAAAAGAGAGAAAUACUGUAUACCAGCGGUACGUGUGUAGUUUGGUUGUCAGUGUGGUGGGUGUUAAAGUGGGAAAGUAAAUGACGGACAUGCAUGGAAUAUAUCUUUUGGGCACAAUAGAGACAUGCUUUGCUCAAAAGUAGAGUAUACAAGAAUUUAACCCAAAGAGAAGCACAGACGAAGUCCUUCUUUAUCAGGUCACUACAGGUGUAUGGUGGUGUGUUUAUGUGUGUAUUGUGUGUGAGUAUUUAAGAUAAGAAUGUAUUUGUUUUUGGUCAGCAAGUACACAGGAAGUACAUCGUCAUUUUCAUGUAUUUUUCCUCCUCGGUGUACAACUAGUUUUUGUGGAGACAUGAUAUAUUGAGAGUGCACAAUGAUCAUACACACAGGCAUUCAACCUGUGCUUAUACCUCCCCCUGCAGGGGAUCUACAUGAAAUGUGUUUACUGACAUUAGCCCAAAAAAAAUUCUUGUACGCUCUACUUUAACAGUUGCAUCAAAGCUAGUAUUCAUAUUGGAUUAUAAUAAAAUAAAAAAACGUAAAUGUCACCGUCACUUAUGUCAUUCCAAAAAAAAGUUGUUUUUUUUUUGCCUAAAAUCCUCCCUAAACGUGUUACCCUUGAUGUCCUCUAGGUUGCAUUCAUGUCCAAUAAAGGUCCAUUAGAUCAGAUUGUAAAGGAUUAGGAUAGCUACAACAGCACAAAAAUCACUCUGCCCCCUAGUGGUGGCCUUUCCUCUACUCGCAUGGAAGAACAGCAUAGUUGUCAAAAACGAAAUUGUCUUCAACGUAAUCCUCUUCUAAAGCACACAGAAACACAGGACAGGAGUUCAGUCUGUUGACCCCUCACCUCCAGAGGUCCGGGGUCAUCACAGUAAAAUGUUUGUACAGUCAAAUUAACAAUAAUUUUUGAACCCCGUCUGGUCCUGCUCUGUGGGAAUGUGCAUGGUACACUCUACUUGUCUGGUCCCUGACGUCUGAAGCACAAGUGGGAGAGUCGUUUUUAUCUUCUGCAUAUAAUGAAUAUUAAUUGUCUUCUUAUUUAAUAGUAAUAAAAAAUAAAUAAAAUAAAAAUGUAUGAAAAUAAUGAGUGACUGAAAUCUCAGGUUUACAGAGAUGAUAUAUUGCAACAAUUUAAACGCUUCCUUCUUGUCGUAAAGUUCACAUAUAAUACAUACACUAUAUUGUCAAAGUUGUAUAAUAAUAAUAAUAAAAUCUCUGCACAACACCUCUAAACACAGUGACUCAUUGUGAGUUGGUAUUUCUGUCCAUUGCCUCUUAGACGCAGAUGUUGUUUUUCUUUUGUAUCGUGUGCCAAACUUAAGUGCCAUCGUCUCCUUUAUUUAUUUAUUUAAAUGUCAUUGCCUCGGUUGUUAUAUUUAAGAUUAUUUUUUAUUCAAAUUACCGCUGCUGGUCUGCAAUACAGAAAUGUUAUUUUCUACCUGAAAUGUUGUACAAUCAAUGGAAAAAACACUGUUCUCCAGUGUCUGUAACUGACUUGUUUAACGUUGUGUGGUAGUUUUUUUUUUAAUAAGUUACUUGUUUUCGUUACACACGUCUACAUAUCUGUUCAGGGGUAUGUGCAAUUGCAGAUCCAUAGAGGCAUUAUUUAACAGAAUUACA